AUGGUGCUGGCCGACGUGAUAGCGCUGGCGAUGGUGCCGAUCAAUUUGGUGUGGGAGGUCAUCCGGGCCGUCUGGUUCAACGUGUUCGACGGGCGUUUCAUGCCGGUCAAGGAUCUGCGUGGAAAGAAAGUACUACUGACGGGCGGCGCCAUGGGGCUGGGGCGCGAGAUGUGCCUGGCGCUGGCGACGAAGGGAGUCGAGCUGAUCAUCUGGGACAUUGACGAGAAGGGCGCCGAGGAGACGGCACGGAUGGCACGCACCAAUGGCACGAGGGUACACGUGAGACGCGUGGAUCUGGCCAGCCGAACAGACAUUGAGGCCGCCGCCAAGGAGUUCAAGGAGAAGCACGCCGAGCCGGACAUUAUCAUUAACAACGCUGGGAUCGCGCAGCAAAAGUACUUUGCCGAGAAGAAGGACCACUUGAUCGAGGCGACGAUUCGGGUCAAUUUGUUGGCGCAUUUCUGGGUGGCCAAGGCGUUCCUCCCCGGUCUCCUCCGCCGCGACUCCGGCCACAUCGUUUGUAUCGCAUCAGCCGCCGGGCUUUUCGGCUGCUCAGGCAUGUCCGACUACAGCGCCUCCAAAUCGGGCGCUAUCUCCCUGCAAGAGGCCCUGGAAGUGGAGUGCAAGGUAUUGGGCAAGGAAGGCGUCCGCUUCACGACUGUCUGCCCGGGCUACGUGGCCACGCGGCUCACCUCGGCUGAUAAUCUACCGGCCGCCCAGACGAAAGAGCUGAUGAACCCAACUUUUGUUGCACAGCGGAUAGUCCGGGCUGUGGAGCAAGAGCAGGGGCUGUUGUGUUUGCCGGCGACGUUCUACUUCUUGAUUGCGAUUAAGGGCGUGCUGCCCCGCAGCCUAUACCAACGACUUCUCGUCGCGUUGCUGUGGAAGGAGCAGCAGGAGGAGAACACUUUAUACGGCUACAACCGUACCCCUCACCCCUCGCAGACACCACCCGUCAACCCGUUGAACAACAAUGUUUUUAAGGGCGAA